UUCGAGAAGUUAAAAAUACUUCCCAGCAACAUUGCACAAAACUCAUACUAUAUAAACAUAUUUUUUAUUUUUACCAGCAUCGAAGCAUUGAAAGCCCAAUCGAUGGACCUGAACGACGAUGACUAUGUGGGACAGCCGCAUCAUGCGCGGAUCAUACGCAUGCCCAAUGAUCUGUCAAUGUUGGCCUUGAAUGAGCUUUACAAGCCAUCGCUGAAUACGCUGACCCUGCAGAGCGAACAGAAUCGUCAGGUGUUCGCGGAGGCCUUCAUAGAGGGUGAUUUGGAUACGCUGGCCAACCUGUGCGUGAAGGCUUUGGCCCGGCGGGGCAUCAGGAACGUGCCACAAAUGGUGCUGGAAAGACCAGAAUGGAUGCGAGUAUUUUACGAUGCACUUGACAUAGAACUGCCGCUGAAUGAUUGCUACUUUAUUGAUGACCAGCGCUACUGGCAGCGUGUUGUGUGGGCCAAGACUUCGGACAAGCAGCUGCGCAUGAAGAGCUGGCACGAGUACGAUUGGCGAGCCAAAGGCCUCAGUCUGAAGUACGUGGAGCUGGUGGAGGACUGCCCAGCAGCGUACUGGCCAGAGGCACAGAUGGCCGCGCUGGCCGCUUUGAUCCAAGACUCUGUAAACGCCAUACACAUAAAGAGACUGCAGGUGCUGCCCGAUACGGUGUUCGCCAAGUACGAUGAAAGCGAGGCGGAAAUAGAUGUCUCCUCCGAGUCAUCGGAGGAGGAAUAUAUAUCCAGCGACGAAGCUGAUACGGAAGAGGAUGCAGAUAUGGGCGAAGACGAGGGCGAGGAGGAAGAAGUCGUCGUACAGAAACCAGUCCGAAAGGGGACCCUCACUGCAAAUGAAACGGAGCAAAAGAUGGACACUUUGGUGGCCAGUGAUUCGGAGAGGAAGACAAACACUUUGGGAACUGUGCAAGUAGCUGCAUCGUACAUAUCGUCGCCCUCGCAGUCCGUGGUGAGUGAUGAGGAGACUGCAGAGCGGCGCAGGGCGCGUCAUGUGCGCAACGUUGCGCGCCAAGAGCUGCGGAACAUGGUGGCCGAGAAGAGUGCCAAGCGCCUGGAACGUCGCCUCAGGCGAGAGAAGAUGCUGGAAGAACUCAGGAGCACGUUGGAGCCGAGGAGGAAAUCCAAGCGAAAGAAGGCAAUAAAGGGCGUCUUUGACAUACCCGUCGAGCCGGAGCCACCCGAUCACGAAGGCCAAAUAGUCGAUAAGCGCAACAGGGAAAUUUGCCUGCGCCACCUCAAGCGAUUCAACUAUCCCACGGAACUGUGCCACCACAUUGAUCUGGGCUUUGUGCGUCACUUUGAGAACCUGACCUCGUUCACCCUGGAGUUCCUUGGCACACCGGACACCAAUCACGAACAUUACCAGAGUCACCAGUUGAAGUUCUCAUACGACGACAUGACGCACCUGGCCAAGGGCUUGCUGCACCUGCAACAGCUCAAGAUCUUCCGACUGCGCAACAGCCUCAUGGACAGCCGACAUCUGAGCAUUCUGGCGCGUGCUCUGCGGACCAUGGACUCGCUGGAAAUCAUCGACUUUGGGUACGACCAAAUGGAGGAUGACUGCAGCAAUGCGCUGCAAAUAUUGAUGGAUCGCACAAAGAUGGUCAAGAAAUUGCAGCUGGAGUACAAUCGUCUGGGCGUGAAUAGCAUGGAAGUGAUCGGCCUGGCACUGGCGCAUCACAAAGAUGAUUUCCUGGAGUACCUGGGGCUGGCCCACAAUCCGCUGCGCGAAAAUGCCUUGACCAAGCUCUUCCAUCAUAUUCAUGGCACGGGCCACGUGCGUGCACUCAAUAUCACUGGCGUGGAGGGUGGGCCCAGCAAGGGGGCUAUUGCCAGAGACAUUGCGUUCCUGCUGCGUCACCACCAUCCACUGCGUCGCCUGGAAAUGGCGGCGAUACCACUGGGUUCAGCCGUGGGACUACCCCUACUGCGUUCCCUAGAGGGCAACAGAAAGGUUAUAUAUUUCGACUGCCGCGAAUGCGAUCUGGACGCGGACCAGGAAUUCCAGGCGGACAUCAUAGUGCGACGCAACAAUUACUGGGUGAAAAACCCGCCCAUCGAUGAUAUAUGCAACCUGAUCAAAAAUCGAAAGCAUCACUUAAUCCAAAAAAUGGAGCACGCCUAUGGGACAUAUAAGGAGUGCGUCCUCUCUCGCCCUGCACUAUCCCACAGUAACGUAUCCUCCAUCCAGGAGGUGGUCGAGGAAAAGGUAGAGGAGGAUUACGACAUCUGGGCCGUACUGGGCUUAAAGAACCGGUCAACUUAUAGAGUGGAGAUAGAGCCGAGCCAAUCCUCCGAGUCGGCGGAGGUGCCCUUCGUCUAUGAGGCCAACAAAUUUAAUUUGGAACAAUUUCGCGAAUUCGUCGAUAUGCCAGGACCAUCGAAUCGUUUUUUCUAUUUUCAAAAUAAUAGAAUGUAGCACUGAAGGCCAAUUUGUUUACCUUUGGGCAGAAUUAAGCGAUAUAAAAUAAAAUACUUAACCC